CAAGUCUUUCCUUCUGCCCCUUUUAGAGACUCUUCUUGUUCUUCUACACAUUGUUCAGCUUCCACACUUGCCCAAAAAUACCGAAACAUCCGAAACAAAGCUUCUAAUCGCAGCUUCCCUCAUCGACUCAACAUUUUGUUGCGCUGUCGUGUGCCCCUCCUCGAACGCUCCUUCCUCACAAGAUGGCAGACCGACAACCGCCGCUCAAGCGCCGGCGAGUUUCGAGCUCGGCCGAAGACAUGCAACACAGUAUCGUCGACCCAGGCACCAUCAAAAUCAACGUCAGCGGAGCCUACAUAAUCGACAAUGGCGAGGCCCAAUCACCAUCCAGCGAAAGCGGAACCGAAGACCAAGGCUACGAGCAUGAUCGCCGCGACAUCCGCCUACCAAACCACACUUCCGUUGUCAGCCAUGUAGCUGCGGACAUUGGCGGCUCACUUGCCAAGGUCGUUUACUUCUCGCGCGAGCCCGGAGCGAAAGAGCCUGGAGGCCGUCUACACUUUUUGCGCUUCGAGACGGAGAAGAUCGACACGUGUAUCGAGUUCAUGCGCGAAUUGACAAAGAAGCAAAAGAGAGCCAAUGGCGGGAAACAAUCAGAGCUAUGCGUCAUGGCCACAGGUGGUGGUGCCUUCAAGUACUACGAUCGCAUAAAGGAGAGAUUGGGUGUCGAUGUCAUGAGAGAAGAUGAGAUGGAGUGUUUAAUUCAAGGAUUGGACUUCUUCAUCACUGAGAUCCCGAAUGAGGUCUUUACCUACCAUGACGAGGAUCAGGAGAACCUUAUACACUAUACCGACGCUCGCGCUGAUGUGUACCCAUACCUGCUUGUCAACAUUGGCAGCGGUGUGAGCAUGAUCAAAGUCGAAGGACCCUCGAAAUUCCAGCGCAUCGGCGGAACAUCACUAGGCGGUGGUACUCUCUGGGGUCUACUUUCCCUGCUCACCGGAGCACGCACAUUCGACGAUAUGCUAGCAAUGGCCGACGCCGGCGACAACUCAACCGUAGACUUGCUAGUCGGCGAUAUCUACGGCCAAGGAAUGGGCUACGACAAAAUCGGCCUCAGCGAACGUACAAUCGCCAGUUCCUUCGGCAAAGUCUUCAAGCGCAAAAGAGAGGCAGAGCAAAAUGCAGAGGACGGACAACCACAACACGAGGACCGUCCAGAAAGAUACGACACAGCGACACCAGAAGGUGCAGCAAAACAACAAUCAGACCGCAAAUUCGACAUUGGCGAGGGCCGCAUGUUUGCACCCCAAGACAUAUCUCGAAGUCUGCUCUACGCAGUCAGUAACAACAUCGGUCAAAUUGCCUACCUCCAAUCCGAAAAACACAAUCUCAAACACAUCUACUUUGGCGGCAGCUUCAUCCGCGGCCACCGUCAAACCAUCCACACCCUCUCCUUCGCGAUCAAAUUCUGGAGUAAAGGAAACAAACAAGCUUAUUUCUUGCGUCAUGAAGGUUAUCUAGGCGCUGUGGGAGCAUUCUUGAAGCGACAGCCUAGGAACUUUGGCAGGAGGGCUAGUGUGCAUGAUGAAGUGCUUAAUGAGGAGUGAGAGAUUACCCCCGCCUGAUCCAAUUGGGCAUCUUUCGUAUAGAUAUUCAUUUUUUGAUAGAAGCGGAAACGCAUUGAUUGCGUGAUAGAUCUAUGGCUUUCUUCGAUAGAAUAGAGGAAGAAGCCCGAUCAUGUUGGUCAUUUUUUUCCUUGCACGAAUAAAUAAUUAUCUUCUCCAUGUUUCAGGAUUCUGGCAUGCUGAUCAAUGGCAUCUCAGAGGCAGCGUAUCUGCACUGACUACAAAUACAACACGGCGAAAUCCAAAUGCGAGCAAAAGCAGAGAAGCGGACAUGAGCAAAUAUGCAAGAAGAAUGCCCAUUGGCAAGCAGUUGGCCCAUCGACAGACAAAAUGAAUGUCGCAGCCGUGAAUCGAACACGGGGC